AUGUGUCACCGCUUUACUGCUUCAACGUUCCUCGGCAGCGAGCUGCCGUCUGCUGAGUUGAGUGUUUCAGGAUUCCAAGUUCAAUUUCAAGUUCGUCCCCUUGCCCCUCACGCCAGUUUGGCUCACGCUCAAGCUUUCCUCGUCCUCCUCUUGCUGGGGCCUUCUCUAGACAUGGGCUUCGCCUCUGUUGCCAUCAGCCCGGUGGCGGGCGGUUUCAAAUGUUGCACGUGCCAACGCCAAUGCCGGCCCGCCAACUUGAGAGGCGCCGCUGAGGUGGCCAUCUUUUGGCCAAGCGAGCGGGCAUCCUUCCACAAGAAGAGAGGUGGGCACUGGGGGCCUGCGGUUAGGAGCCGGAGGAGAUUUGACGUGGCUGCAAAAGUUGGGGAGUCUGAUGUGAGCCCACAAAAUGGAGCGCCAGCUGGCGGUCCAGAGGAGAACGAUAUGGCGGAGCGGUUGGCGAAAGCAGAGGCGGAGGCGGCAGCUCUGCGGAAAGAGCUAGAGUCGAGGAAAGCAGUUGUCGGGGCAGAUCUGGGGAAGCCCCGUCCGGGAAACAAGAGGAUUGAUGGGACGGGGCUACGGGAGGUUCUGUGGGAGGGGCCGGGAGCGCAGAAAGAGCGCGCCAAGUUUUCAAAGUCUGCCAAGUCGGCCAAGUGGGGCCUCUCCGAGGCGGAGCUAUUCAUCUCCCGAGGUGCGGGCGAAGGCGAGAUGGAGGCGAUUGUGGGGCCCGCGACUGACGAAGGCGCUGAGAACGUCGUCCGAAGAAAUCUGAUCAUUGGGGUUGCGCUCGCUGUCGUGGCGGGCGUGCUCGCUUUCGUUCGUUUUCCCGGCGGCCGCCCCCAGCCCUCCAAGCCGCUCUUCUUCUACUUGGUGCCGCUGGUCCGGAUACAGGGCCUCCUCCCACAGCUGCAACUAGCCAUCGAAGAGGGCCGAUUGGCGGACCUGCGGGAGCAGCUGAAGACAAUCGUGGGGGAGCCCAACAACCUGAAAGAUAACCUGCUCAAUGCGGCCAGCUGGUUGCCUACGGACGCCGAGCUGGACGCCGCCAAUCAGGUGGCGUUUGACGUGCUCGAAUACGUGGACCAGGCCGACUCCAAAAAGUACUUUGACAAUUUUGGCGAGCCAUCCGCUGCUCAGAGAUCCGAGUUUUCCAAGUUCAGCCUUCAGUCUAUAAAGGCCGCUUCUCGCAAGCUGGACGAGUUCUUCAAGCUGAUGCCCUCGGAAGACGUGGCCGCAGCAAAGGAACAAGUGCUCCGCACUAGUCUACCAGAGGAACAACUAACAAUCUAGAAAAUAAACCCGUGACCUCCCCUUUAUUGUUCGAUGUUCCUGGCUUGAGGGAUGACAAAACGGGUUGGCAGCUAGACGCAUCUGGUCCAAUUGGAGUAUCCAGCACGUCAGAGGGCCCGCCGCGUGUACACGGUCUUAGUAAGACAUAUCCAACGCCACUGAGAGUUGCGUGCAUGAUAGAUCUGCAAGCUUCCAUACAAUACCACGUCUGUAUAUUCUACCAUGGCGUAUACCGUCUGCACCGCAACCUCUUGAAAUCCCAU